GGAGGAGGAGCCAAGGGAAGAAAAACAUGGGGGACGGUGGUGAUGGCGCCGCCGCCUCCUCGUCGCCGCCGGACGCCGCCUCGGCCGCGGCGUUCUCCUACCUCGCCGUCUUCCACAACUACCCGCUCAUCGCCGCGCUGCUCGGCUUCGCCAUCGCGCAGACCAUCAAGUUCUUCGUCACCGGGUACAAGGAGAAAAGAUGGGAUCCUAAGCAGCUUAUUGGCUCCGGCGGCAUGCCAUCGUCGCAUUCUGCGACUGUUACAGCGUUAUCAGUGGCGAUUGGCUUCCAAGAUGGCUUCGGCAGUGCCCUCUUUGCGACAGCAACCAUAUUUGCAAGUGUGGUGAUGUACGAUGCUUCUGGUAUCAGAUUACAUGCUGGAAAGCAAGCAGCGGUGCUGAACCAAAUAGUCUGUGAACUUCCUUCUGAACAUCCCUUGGCUGAAACAAGACCGUUGCGUGAACUUUUAGGCCAUACUCCGACCCAGGUUGUCGCCGGUGCAUUGCUUGGGUGUAUGAUAGCUACUGCAGGGCAAAUUGUCAUUGCAGUGACAAGUGCAGCGACAAGUGUUGUAUGAUGCUGCUGUGUUGAAGGUGCAGGAGAAUUGCUAGCAUUUGCAAGGGACUCAGGAAGAAGAAGCUUCUCUGGUGUUUCUGUAACUUAGGUAUUCUGUACGAUGUGUAAUGUCGUGUGGUAGUGCUGUUGAAGAUCGAUCAAGUUUUGAUAGCACAUAAUUGUAUGUUCAGGUGAUGUUCUCAGGCUUGAUGUACAGAAAAUUUAUUCGAUAACUUCAUUGUUCUGGUGAAAUCUCAAAA